CAGCCAAUCAGCUUCCCCCCCGGUGUUUUAUGGACUGUACCACACCAUGAAUCCCCCCGUCCCCCACUCUGGCAGUGGGCCGCUCCCCCUUCUUCACCGCCCGCCUUGGUGGAAGCCAAAACAGAACAUCAUGGCGAUUGAUGGUGGCGAGCGUAACUGUGGAGUACAUGAGCUGAUCUGCGUCAGAAAAGUCUCUCCAGAGGUGCUGGGGUUUCUGACAGCCAUCGGACUCUUCAUCAUCCUCGUGACCCUCCUGUUCUGGUACCUCAACAACAAGUUGGCUCUAGAAAACCCAGGGAGCCUUCAGUGCCUUGAUGACUUCAGGAAAAAAACAGAGCUACAAGACAAGGCCUAUGCCGAUGCCGACCUGCAGGGCUCAUCAUCAGACAGCGAGGAUGAACUGAUGGGUCAGUAUCAGGAAGCGGUCAGCCGCUCUCAAGGCCUCCGGGGAGGAGCCAAGGCAGCCACUAAUAUCAAACACUCAGGAGGUUUCAGCUGGGAGAGCCGGCAGAAGUACAGCCCUCUGACUGCUGAUUAUGACGGCUACAGCAGUGAAGCCUCAGCUGAUGAUGCCAACUGCAUCCAGAGGAUGAGACGAACACCUCCACUGGAUGAGCUUCAGCCACCUCCUUAUCAGGAUGAGAAUGGUUCUCCGAGGAUGUCCUGUACACUGUCGGAUCUCGGAGAUGCAAAGUGUGAUCUAUCCCAUACCAGUGGUAGUCCCCACCUGUCCUUUGGCAAAUGCCCCAGCGAGGGCAGUGAUGGCCCCGAGACUGAGAGUUACCUCAACAAGGGCUACGAGGAGGAUGUACCCAGUGACAGUACAGCUGUCCUCAGCCCAGAGGACAUGUCGGCCGGAGGAUCUGCAGCUCGGCUCCCUAAAGGUUAUGAACCAGAUCCAAUUGCAAAAUAUGGUACUCUGGAUGUGGUGUUUGAUUUUGACUCAGAGGAACAGCAGCUGGCAGUCACCAUUAUGGCAGUAACAGACCUUCCUGCCCUAAAACGCACUGGCAACAUCUCCUGGCAGGUCCACCUGGUGUUGCUGCCUACCAAGAAGCAGAGGGCGAAGACAGGAAUCCAGAGAGGCCCAUGCCCAAUCUUCACAGAGACCUUCCGCUUUAGCCAUGUGGAGUCAGAGAUGAUCAGCAAUUAUGCCAUCCGAUUCCGCCUUUAUAGUAUGCGGCGGAUGAAAAAGGAGAAGGUGUUCGGGGAAAAGGUGUUCUACCUCACCAAGCUCAACCUUCAGGGCAAAAUGUCUGUGCCGGUCAUAUUAGACCCAUGCUGUGCUCUCCCGGGUGGUGAGUCCCAGGUCAGCCUCUCAGACAUGACAUGCAGUGAAAGCGCCUCAUCAUUCCAGUCAGUCAGUCAGACUUCCACACCAGAGAUCCUCGUAGGCCUGGUGUACAACGCCACAACAGGACGCCUCUCUGUGGAGAUCAUCAAAGGCAUCCAUUUCAAAAACCUGGCUGCCAACAAGCCACCCACUGUCCAACCCUUGUUGUCAGAUGGACUGUUCUGUUGCCUAAAACACUUAAUAGGUGGACAGGUUUAUAUUAUCAGAGAUACGUAUGUUAAGCUGACCUUACUGAACUCCAUGGGCCAUGAGAUGUCCAAGUGUAAGACAUCCAUCUGUCGAGGGCAGCCUAACCCGACCUACAAAGAGACGUUUGUCUUCCAGGUAGCUCUUUUCCAGCUUUCAGACGUCACGCUCAUUCUCUCCGUCUACAACAAACGCAGCAUGAAGCGUAAGGAGAUGAUUGGCUGGAUUUCGCUUGGCCUCAACAGCUCUGGAGAGGAAGAGCUCACGCACUGGACUCAGAUGAAAGAGUCUAAAGGACAGCAGGUUUGCCGCUGGCACAGUUUGUUGGAGUCCUAACAGAAGACAGUGCGUGAGGAUAACUGCACAGAGCAGCUGGAAAUGGAUAAGUUCAGCAGGGACAGAGGAAUGUGACAGACGUCCAGGGAACCAGGGUCAGUGAUGAAGAAAAAGAAACAGAUCAGAGUGUGUCUGCACUCAGAGUUUUAGCAUAGCAUAAACACUUUCAUGUCACUGUUUGUCCAACCACUCACAGCAAUUGAUUAGUCAUAUGGUUAGUGCUGCAAUGUCUUUUCAUGGAUUGCCUAAAGUUUGUGUAGAUGGCAGCCACUGUUUUUGUCUGCUGAACUGGCCGAGCUCAAAAUAACAUAACAUGUUGCCAAACUUUGUGUACCUUCACCUCCAGCUCAAACAACUGAUAUCAGGAUUAUUCCUAAUCUCAUGUCAGAAAGGUUUACAUCAAUGCCCCUGAGACAUGCGUCCCCACACACACCUCCUACCCACUGUCCUUUUUGUUUUCCUUGCCCAUGUACAACAAGCUGGAAAACAGCUGGAAAAUAGUCCAGCACGAGAGUUUUUUUAUUUAGAAAAUGACAUCAGCAGCCAUUUUUCACACCAGUUGUAGUUGGACUUUGGUCAAAUGUUUACACCAUCAUUAUUAUUGUUGUUGUUGUUGUUGUUAAGGGCCUUGAAAACUUAUUUUCUCAGCAGGUUUCUUCCUAUUAGCAGGUCCCUCAUGAACACAGUCUAUUUUAUCACUCCUUGUUUCUCUCAUUGGUUAGAAAUGGGUGGAGCUUAGUCAAAAAAGGUGAUGUCAUAUAUAACCGUGAACCAGUCAGAAUUUAGGAACAUUUGAGUCAAAAUCUGACCACAGUUGCAGCAUUGUUUGCUUAUGUUACCUCAAGCAAACCACACCCAAUAUUAGUAAUAUAUGACUAAUAAUAGUGAUUUUAACGAAAAACAUUUCUCACAUGCUUUAAGCUUUUUUCAUAGAAUUGCAACCCACAGCCAUUUUUAUAGCUAGCUAGCUGAGUGUAGCGUAGUUCCCCGAUACAGCAGUGAACAGGGCAGGACUAGUGGCGUGCUCUGACUGAGAGCAAACAAAAGCAAACACAUCACUUUUCUGCUUAGAGUUUGAGAUUGUCCUGAUAUUGGUUGUCUAAAGCAAAGGUGUCAUCCCAAUCAAAUCAUUGUUUUUGGGCACCACUUCUUCCAUGUUAUAUGUUGCAGAUUACUUCAUAAGCUUAACUCAUCACAUCCAAACGUGUCCACUACAAAUCCAUUGCAGUUACAUGUUGCUUUGUGCAGGACUCUCUGGGGAUAGAGGCAUGUUGAGAGAUAUUUGAAGGUCUAGUACAGGGUGGCCAUUUUGAAUUUCAGCAAGCUUAUGAAGAAUUAAUUUAAAGAUAUGAGCUGAAUUACUACACACUGAUGAGUCUUUCUCAGUCAACACCAACGAGGCAAAACAUCUCACCACUGUCUGUGCCCAAGCUAAGUAAAGAAAACAACAACUACAUGACUUUAGACACUUUUGUAAGGCAAACAAGUUACAUGACAUUUAAUCUGACAUCACAGACAGUGGAGGCGUCACAGUUCACGCUGAGAUCAAGUUCAGUUGUGAUCUCUGAGAAGAAAUGAGCAUUUCACAUUGUUGGAUAUUUUUGGAAAACACCAGUCGACAGAAUGCGAUUAUGGCAUAUAUAAAAAAGCGUAGUAGUUUCUGUGGCAGUUGGGUGAUGUCAAGUUUUCAUCCUCUAUUAACAGAGUUUCAAGGA